GUCUCUCAAGACCGGCAUGAGAUAUACAUCACAUUUACAAAAUUUGAUGACAAGUAUUUGGCAUAUCGCAGGGGAAAUAUCUUAGAUCACUCAAUUCCAUCCUUCCUAAGAAUGAAGGAAUUCGGGCCGUGGAAUACAUUUAACAGGAAACAUAUCACUGAUGUAAGUGCAAUUUCAUCUGCAAUUACAAUGCGUACAUGGUAA